AUGGUUAUGCUUAUGUAUAUUUUGCAUGUAUACAAUGUAACACAUCCCGUGGAAUUAUCUAAUUUGCAACAAUAGUUACGCAAGAGACUGCGCAGUCUACGAAGCUUCGAGCGACCGGCGCGAGUCAGCCUCUGAAACCCGACGAACGUCCCGGGCACCGGGACAACCCGUGACGUGAAUUUCCCUGUGCGAAAAUUCGAUAUUCGAUCUUUACUGGAUAAAAACCCCAAUGUGACAUUAUUUUUUUAAAACUUAAGCUCAGUGAUAUGAAAUUUUCGAACGAAAGCUGACUGUAAUUUUUGAAUUUACAAACGAACGAUUACUUUUUUUUUGUGGGAAGGUCUGUGAAUGAAAGCAUAAAGCGUGUGUGGUUUUUAAGGACGUGUUAAACUUGACAGUUCUUUUGUGUUCUUUUAAUUAAAUACAUAAGUCGCAUUAUGGGGAGUGGUGGCUAUGGAUUUUUUUCCAUAAUGAAGGAAGUGAUUGGGUGCACGGAUGCGAUGGAAUGAAAACGGUGCAACAAAACUAGAACAACCUCGAACUUUUCUCUUUCAAACAGAAAAUGGCAAAAAAUAUUUGACUAGAGACGGCCAGGCUGGAGGAAAUAUGACGAAUGUGAAAUUAAAGCUAAUGUUCUACCUGUUAAACGCACUAUUAUCGGCCGAUUUGGUUCACUCACGGCCGUAUUCUAAUUUCAAUUCAACGGAUAUAGUUAUGGGGUUUUCUAAUAAUAGUUUUAAUAUACCAGUAGAUUCUAAUUCUGAUACGCUCAUAGUUGCCGAUGAAGAGGAAACGGCUGAAGAGACGAACAAAAAUUCCAAUACAAAUAUGGAGGCGAUAGUCAACGCAGAACAAGAUAGAGACGAAGCGUUCUCAAGAAAAAAUAAUAAAAAACAAGACAAAAUUAGUAUACUAGAAAUACCUAAUAACGAAGCGGGAGCUUUCGAGAAACAACUAAACAUAUCAAGUCCGUUGCUAGAAGAAAUGAUAGAUUCAGAGUCAGAUAGGGAAGAAACUUUAACAGACAUCCUUUUCAGACAUGAUUCCGAGUUAGUAGAUUCGCCUAGAUUUGAAUUUUUAAUCGCUGCUAAAAUAAAUAGUAGUGAAAAUGGUACUGUAAGAGACAGUACAUACAGUGUUAAUAAUAUAGAUAAAAGAAAUAGAAAUAGCACAGAUGUAUUGAGGAAAGUGGACUAUGUAGAGUUGGUAGAAGUUAUAAAGCCGUCGAAUAUGAAUGAAAAUAAAAGUGCUUAUAAUUUAGCUAACAUCACUGCUCAUAAUGUUGAAAACGACUUGGCGCCAGACACAAUUCUGUCCAUGUUUUCAGGUUUCACGGACAUGCAGACGUUGUUCCUGGCCUGCUUCGCCACCUUCCUGCCGCUACUCACCGUGCUCUUCGCGAUGCUACUCAUCAGAUGCGCGUUGCGAAGGUGGUGUCCAAGUUGCUGCAAGAAGGAGUCCGACUCUUCGACGUCCGUGAGCAGUGACAAGCAGGAGAACAAUCACCAGCAGCUGAAGUCUUCCGAGGAGGGUGGAACGGAUGGGGACACGCCACCAGCUAAUGGCUCCAUUUUCACCAUGACCCUCAAAAACAACCACCUCAUCGUUGAGACCGAAGAAAGAAACGAUAUAACUAAGAACGGUCGGGAAACAAAAAUGAAGUAUUCUCCAGACAACGACGGCAUAUUCGUCGUGGAGGUCCAACAGUCAGCGGCCUACAGACCCAAUAACAAAUCACUCCAGAACUCCCCACCACACGACCCUCAGAUUUCCACCAAUCAGGCCCUAAUCCAUAGAGUACCUGAGGAACUAGACAGGAAACCCAUCAUGGAAGAAGAUAGUGAAAGAAGCAGUGAAAAAUUCGACAAGCAAGCCUUAGCUUUAUCAAGCACAGGUCUAUCAAUUUCCGACCUAAGCAUGUCUUCUAUAGGCUCUCACAAUAUAAGCUAUUCAUACAGCAGUCAAAUAGGUUACGACCAAGGACCUUUCGGAUACCCAGUAUACGCUGGCUACGACACUUCCAAAGAUGAUAUUGGAGAUCCGAUUAUACAUGAUAACUCCCAAGAACCUUUGAUAGGUAAAACGCCAACUGAUCCUGAUAAACCUGUAGUAACAGCAGCGAUAUUUAAGCAAGAUUCCAUUAUAAGCAAUGAGGUUUUAAAAGGUCCAGGAUAUUGUAUCGAAGGGUCUACUGAUGGACCUUUACUAUCUGAUGUACAAGCUAGAGAAUAUAGCUUACAGCACUUGCAAGAUCAGAAAGAAAAGAAAAUGGAAAAUGGAGUGGCUAUACCCAUAUCCGAUAGAGUUGACAGUGUUAAGACUUUUACUAGAACAGAGAGUUUACCUUCAGCACUAGAAGAUGAACAAGAAGUUAAAGUUAUGGAGACUAUUGUUGAAGAUUUACCACCUAAAGACCAUUCGAAAGGUAAGAGACCUUCUUUACCCGUCAUAACAACUGAUAUGUACGAGUCUGUGAAAGAAGUUAUUCAAACUGGGUCUCCAAAGUUUGAGAAGUUUACCAAUGAAAUGUCACCAGGCGAGAGCAGUUUCGACAGUCCGCCAAUGAUAACUAUAACGGAAGAAAGUGAGUCGGGUAAGUCUGAUAGCACCAGUUAAUUCAUCUCAAUUUUAUUGUAAAUAGGUGUAAGCAAUGAUGUGAUUUGAAGGUUUGAAGGAUAUUUAAAAUUUUGGUAGGAGUCUUUAUGCGGUACCAGUUUACGUAUCAAUUGAUGUUACCCUUUGCCUAUUUUCAAAGGUCCAAAGUUCAAAGUUCGUCAAUCAUUUGUCAAAACUUAUCAAUCUAAGACAUGAAAUAGAACUUCAAGUUCGUAGAAAGAUUGCAUGGACGCGACCGAAUAACAUAUACGCGAAAAUCAGAACUCAGAACUUUUAACUUCUGGCAGUGGAAAAUUUCUUACCGAAGUUAAUUGCAAUCUAUCUCUAUGUAAUCUGUUGUUAUGUUACUUAGAAGCGCUGUUACGCUGUUAUUUUCCAAAAAUUGUAGCAAUAUGGUCUUUAUUGACAAAUAACAACGCUGCAAAGUAACUUAUAGACAAUUUAUCAUUUUCUAAUAAA